AUGAGCGCAGACAGAGUAAGUGCGAGCCACCCACAAGACAACCUCAUAAAAAACACAUAACACUUCGGAAAAGCAAAGACAUUUUAAUUCUCAGUUGCCAUCGAAAAAAAAAACAAAACAAAAAUGGGAAGAUCUUUUGUUUUCUCCGCCAACAUUCCUCUCAGGUUUUCUCAAACACCCAGAUCAAUUUCACCUCGGGUUCACCCGAACCAGUACCAACCUUACAAAUUCACUGCAAAUUCCCCACUGGGGCAUCAAAAAGUUGGCCUUUGGAACACCAAUUCCACAAGAAAACUAUGCACGAGAGCCUUGUUAUCAGAGGUUUCUAACCACAGACAGUAUCCCAAAGUUGGUGCCAAAUCAACUGGACCAAUUCCUCCAAGUCAGCUUAUUGAAGUUGUUGAGACUGCUGCAAAAACUGGCGCUGAGGUGGUGAUGGAUGCUGUCAACAAACCAAGAAAUAUCACAUAUAAGGGACUAACCGACUUGGUAACCGACACAGAUAAAAUGAGUGAGGCUGCUAUUCUUGAAGUAGUAAAAAGGAAUUUUGGAGAUCACCUGAUCCUUGGGGAGGAGGGAGGAAUUAUAGGAGAUACCUCAUCAGAUUAUCUAUGGUGUAUUGAUCCUUUAGAUGGAACAACAAAUUUUGCACACUGUUAUCCUAGCUUUGCAGUUUCAGUGGGUGUUCUGUUUCGAGGAAAUCCUGCUGCUGCCUCUGUGGUGGAAUUUGUUGGGGGGCCUAUGUGUUGGAAUACCCGUACAUUUUCCGCUACUGCUGGUGGGGGAGCAUAUUGUAAUGGACAGAAAAUCCAUCCCAGUCAAACUGAUAAGGUGGAGCAAUCUCUUCUUGUGACUGGAUUUGGAUAUGAACAUGAUGAUGCAUGGAUUACCAACAUGGAAUUAUUCAAGGAAUUUACUGACAUCAGUAGAGGUGUGAGAAGGCUUGGUGCUGCAGCUGUGGACAUGUGCCAUGUAGCUCUUGGAGUAGCAGAAGCAUAUUGGGAAUAUCGUCUAAAACCAUGGGAUAUGGCUGCGGGUGUAUUGGUAAAGCAUUUUAACUUCAAAUUUGUUGUGGAAUCAUUUACUUAACGUA